CUGGCCUUUGCUGCCAAGGAAACUCAGUGGUUUGCAGCACAUACUCCUGCAUGUGGGAUUGCUCCUUCGGUGUGCUUCUAACUCUUUGAGCUGCUCAGGGUGAUGAGGACAAUCGAUGAUAGAAUUGUUCAUGAAUUAAACACUACAAUUCCAACAGCUUCCUUUGUGGGGAAAGUUGAUCCUGGCCAGACGUGUAAAGAGCUGUACGAGUCUUUAAUGGAUGCUCACACCAAUAGAGAAAGAAUCAUCAAAAACUGCAUCUCUCAGACUUCCGCUGUAGUGAAAACUCUCAAAGAAGAGAGGGAAAAGGCCCAUGAAGAUGCAGCAUUAUUAAAGCAACUCAGGAAAGAGCAGACAAAGUUGAAAUUGAUGCAGUCGGAGCUCAAUGUUGAAGAAGUGGUAAACGACAGAAGCUGGAAGGUAUUUAACGAGCGGUGCCGAAUUCACUACAAGCCUCCGAAGAGUCAAUGAUGAUGUGGGGUAUUUUCCAUCAAGGUGGUCCAUAACUGUGAGAGCCAAACUGGAAAGAGACCUUGGGUGAGCUGAAUUGGGACCCUCCAGAACCAGUAGAACCCAGUCUUGUUUUGUUUUGGACCUACUUAGCCGAAUUCUCAAGCUUGAAAUGAUUCUCCUGUAAUUAAGAGAAAACAACUCAUCUUUUGUACAAAAUAUGUGAACAAAUGAGUUUUAUAGUAUUAAAACAAUUUUCAAUCGGAA